UAUCAAUAGUCAGUACCUUUCACGUAAUGACGUUUAAGGUUAAAAUUAUCUUUGAUACUAUUAGAAUUUUGUAACUUAUAACACAGCUAAUAAUUUCCAGCCAUGAAAAUAAGUUUCAUUAUAUAAUUGGAGGUAGGUUUUUACAUUGGUUAGUUUGACCAACUUCUUUACUUGAAAGUAAGUUCUUCAUAUCUGUCAUCAGUGAUUCUGCAUCAGUGAUUCUGCCAAAUGCUAAGUAAUUUUCCAGAAGAGUUGACAAUAAAUUUUCAUGAAAAUUUACUGCAGAUUACGAAAACUAAAUGAAAACCGAAAAUACAGGUUUCCUAUUCCUCUAGCCUAGUCUGAUCUGGUGGGGAAGAUCAUUCCAUAAGAUCGUAAAUGCUAAAUGCCCACAAUUUGAAUCUAUUCUAACGGGCACGACAUGCUAGAUUUGCCCAAGUCAUUUUUCGUCCUUGCAUUAGGAAUUUCAAGAAUUUUUUUGACUGCAUCAAUUUUUUUAAUACAAGAGAUGGAAUGAGAAUGAAGAGCCAUCAAAUCAACAAAUGGAGAUAGACCAAGGUAUCUCCAAUUGCCAAUUUUCUUGGACUUCAUCUGUCUGUGCAGGUGCUUUAUUUCAGCUGCUUCUGCAAAAUAGGGAAGUCAUCUUCAUUAUCCACUGAAGAUGAGACAAAAAGGGAAACUUUGAUAUGUCCUGAGAUAGAUGUCAUCGAGAAUAUGGAGAAAGAGACCGGUGAUGCUUCAGGUAUAGGUAUGUAUAUAUAUAGCUACCACCCCAGUCUGUGUUGUUCAUAGCCACAAACACCGGGCAAAUCAUACAAGCUCGACUCAUCACGAUAUCAUCCGAGGACUCAAAACAAAUCAGCAAUGGUUGACAAGAAUGUGGACAUGUCCCUUAGUUCGGCAAGCACGAAGAAGGGUGGAUACAGGGCUUGCAUGUUUGUGUUCGGAUUGGCAUCGCUUGAGAAUAUCGGGUUUGUGGCCAACAUGUCAACCAUGGUCCUCUACUUUCACUAUGUUCUCUACUUCAGCCUGUCAACAUCUGCAAAUCUUCUCACAAACUUCAUGGGCACGGUGUGCUUGCUCUCCCUCGUUGGUGGCUUCAUCUCGGACACUUAUAUAAAUCGACUCUACACUUGUUUGAUAUUUGGCUCCAUGGAAGUCGUGGCACUGGCUAUGGUCACAAUUCAAGCGUAUUCCAAGAAUCUUCACCCUGACCCUUGCGGGAAAUCAUCAUGCAUUCAAGGAGGCAAGGCACUCUUUUUGUACACCUCUAUAAUUCUGCUCGCACUUGGUGCUGGUGGAGUUAAGGGUGCUCUUCCGGCGCUUGGUGGCGAUCAGUUAUAUAGGAACAGUGUCGAAGGAGGGAAGGCUCUUGCUAGUUACUUCAAUUGGUACUUGCUCAGUACAAUUCUUGGAGGGAUCGUUGGAGUAACUGGCGUUGUGUGGGUUAACAUGAAUAAGUCCUGGUAUUGGGGAUUUUUUAUCGGCACGAUGACUGCAUUGGUUGGAUUCGUCAUUCUCGCUCUUGGGAAGCCAUUCUACCGUUUUCCUCCCCGUGGGAACAGUCCUCUGUUGAAGAUCGCACAGGUCAUCGUGGUUUCAAUUCGGAAUAGACACUUAUCGCCACCAGUAAAUCCUGACCAAUUGUAUGAGAUUAGUGAAAAAGCAAGAGAUCCAUCUGAAGAGAAAAUUCCACAUUCCGACCAGUUCAGGUUCUUGGACAAAGCAGCUAUUCUCCGUGACGGAACAAAUGCAGAACCCUGGAAAGUCUGCACAGUAACCCAAGUUGAAGAAGUGAAAGUACUCACAAGGAUGCUUCCCAUACUUUUCAGCACAGUUAUAAUGAACACAUGCAUGGCACAACUGCAAACAUUUUCAGUUUUACAGGGCUACCUAAUGGAUCCCUACAUUGGUUCAUUCAAAUUUCCGACUGCAUCAAUUCCCGUUAUACCCCUGUUCUUCAUGUCCAUCCUUAUACCCACCUACCAGUUUGUUUUCGUUCCCUUCGCUAGAAAAAUCACCGGCCAUCCGACAGGCAUCACGCAGCUCCAGCGCGUCGGAGUAGGGCUCGUCCUUUCGAUCAUCUCGAUGUCGAUCGCGGGAAUGGUAGAAGUGAAGAGAAGGAAUCGCGCCAUUAAAGAUCCGUUGCAUCCCAUCAGCGUGUUCUGGCUCUCUUUCCAAUACGGCAUAUUCGGAAUUGCCGAUAUGUUCACGGUGGUCGGACUACUAGAGUUCUUCUACAAGGAGGCGCCCUCGGGAAUGCGGUCACUAUCCACUUCUUUCACGUGGCUGUCGCUAUCCUUCGGCUACUUCCUGAGCUCCAUCUUUGUCAACAUCAUAAACUCGGUCACGAGAAGGAUCGCCCCGAGCAAGCAAGGGUGGUUGCACGAGACGAACCAUAGCCCCAACAAUCUGAACCUGUUCUACUGGUUCCUGGCUGUGCUGAGUUGCCUCAACCUGGCAAACUACGUGUUUUGGGCUUCCUGAAGCCUGCAGGGUCACUACACGUUAAACACAAGGAUCUUGGGAGAGAUGAUGGAAUAAGUGUUUCUGUAUAACGUUGUCAAUGAUAAAGCAUCAACCUUUGUGUUCCCUGAUGUUGAUUUUUUCUUCAAUUAC